AUGUCGCAAAAUAGUAAAACAAUUCCCAUCGCCGAGUAUGAGGCCGUCGUAAGUGCUGUUCAACAUUACGUCGACUACCUUAUUGGAGCCAGUCAAGAAAGUCUGGACAAAGCAUUUCACAAGGACGGCACCAUGACUGGCUGGUCUCCUGAUGGUUCCUUGGCUUCCGGAAGCUACAGAGCUCUGCACGCAUACUUCGAGACUUACGGGCCGGCGAAGAACCUCAAGACCCAUACGGAUGUUCUAGGUAUCACGCCAUCGACGGCGGUCGUCCGAGUCGAUAUCGAAGGAGCGCCUGAUGCUCCGUAUACAGACUUCCAUACCCUGUUGAAGAUCGACGGUGAAUGGAAGAUCAUUGCCAAAGCAUUCCAUGCGUACAAGUCGUAA